UUAACUACCGUAUAAAUGGAAUAUGUUGAUUGGCCAACGCCUUCCCGCUAACCAUUUUGCCGCCAUUUUGUUGGAAUUCUGAAUAAUGUCAGAGGAAAACACUAGCGAUGUUUCUCAAGAGGAGGUAAAGAUUGCUGAAAAAAUGGAGGCCGAGGAGGAAAAAUCUGUUGACACGGUCAAGGAAGAGUGUGCAAAGAAGGAGGAGGAGAGUGUAAAGUCGGACAGCGGUGAGGUUGUGGCUGAGAACAAGAAUUCCAGUCAAGAAAAUGAAGAUGCUGUGAAUGAGCAGGAUGAAGAACCACAAUUGGGUCUGUUAGAACGGCCUGUUGUCAUUGAAUCAGGUAAGCGGGAGAAGAAGAAAGUAGAAAGGCUAGAGAUGUCAGUAACUUCAGCUAACGACAAGAAAAAAAUCCUCAUUCCAGAAGGCACAGGAGAGAAACUCGGUGACUGUCCCAUCAUUGAAUACCAAUUGAAUCGGGUAAAGGCAGAAAAUCUGAAGAUUAUUCACCGUGCAUUGUUUGACCGGCCAGGAGCGCUGGUUGAAAUUAAACGUAAUAUUCGAAAAUUCAAUGGAUUUGAUUUUGGAAAAGAUGACAAACGAUUUGACAAAAAAAGGGCUCUGUUAGCAAAGAACACUACGGCAUCGCUGAGAAAAAUAUGUGAAAUUCUGGGGCUGGAAAGAGGAGGAGCAAAAGAUGAAAUACUCAAUAAGAUAAUGGACUUCCUUGUGAAACCAAAGGAUACAGGCAAAAGUGUUCCUAAACCGAAAAAGAAACGGAAAUCUGGUGAAACCAAGUCAAAGAGCAAGCCCAAGAAAAACAAGAAGAAAUCAUCUAGUUCUCAAAAGAAGAAAGUGGUGUCGUCCGACUCCUCUGAGUCUGAUUCUGACGAGGAGGAGGAGGAAGAAGAAGAGGAACAAGAAGAUGAAGAGAGUGAACAAUCAGAAGAAAGUGAAGAAGAAGUAAAAGAGGUGAAGAAAAAGAAGAAAUCUAAACCAGAGAAGAAACCGUCAAAAGAAAAGAAGAAAGAGAAAAAGAAGGAAACCCCCAAAAAGAAAGUGGUUGCCAAAAAGCGAAAAGUUUCUGAUGUUUCUUCUGAUAGCUCAGAUGAUGAACCAAUCAUCAAGAAAAAGAAAUCACCUCCUUCGGAUGAGGAGUUACAUGAAGACGUGAAGAAAAUUCUGGAAGGUGCCAACCUAGAAGAAGUGACCAUGAAGACUGUUAUAAAGCAGGUAUAUGCGAAAUAUCCUGACUUCGAUCUCACCCAAAGGAAAGAAUUCAUUAAAUCAACUGUAAAACAGAUCAUUUCCUGAGUUGUAGUAUUGUAUUAUAUAAUGCUGGAUGGAAGAUUUAUCAAUCACAUCUAUGUAUGAUGAGGUUGGGUGGACGGUUGGGCCAGAUGGGGGGUAGGGAGUAGGGUGGGCAGGUGGUGUCUGGGGUGGGGAGUGUGGGAAGGGUAUCAAGCAUUUCAUUGUCCCCUUAUCUCAUCAUGGCUCUAUAAUAUUUCACUCAUUCUCCCCACCUCUUUUUAUUUCUCUCUCUCUCUCUCUCACAUAUUCUACAUUCUCAUUGUAAUUUUCUUUCUCAAUGGUGGUGAUGGUGUUAAACAGUGAUAAAUGUGAUGACAAAGAUGACAAUGAUGAUGACAACGACAACUGGCUUAUUCCAUUAUUCUACUUCGAAAUACUUGACAUUUUGUGGGGUGGAGUGUUUAACAUAUGUAUAUAUAUACACAUAUAUAAACACACACACACAUAUAUCUAUAUAUAUAUGUAUAUAUAUAUAUAUAUAUAUAUAUAUAUAUACACUUACAAGCACAAUAAGGUGGGGGGAAUUAGUACUCAAAUACCAAAGGCAGAGUAAAGUAUUUUAUUAAAGCUAAAAAAAGAAACUUCCCAAACUGUUGCCCAGAGUUGUUUCACAUGACUGUUCAUCUGGUGAUUCUCAUAAUAAAAUUCUAUAAAUUGUGUGUUUAUUUAUGGAAACCAGUUCAACGAAUAAGCAUUUAAAU